CGCUAUCUCCAAGACGCGGGUUCGAAGUCGGCUAGCUCCAAUCGAGACUUCUAGCGUUUUCCAGAAAACCCGCUUUACUUGCCUCCCAAGAAACAUGUCCCAAAAUAAAAUUCCUCCUCUCCUCUCUAUAUAUUCAUGCGAACCUCACAAUUUGCCCUCAUCUUCGAAUCGCAAUUCAUCGAUUGACAAGAACUCUGAAAUUUGUGCUUUUAUGCUCUCAUUUUCAAUUUAGAAUUAAUUGAUUCACAGAAACCCUGAAAUUUGUGUUCGUAAGAAAUGGAAGGAGGAACGCCAUUAUUUCCUGACCUAGGGAAGCAUUGCAAUGAAAAAUCAUGCCGUCAACUCGAUUUCCUGCCUUUCCGCUGCGACGCCUGCGACGGCGUCUUCUGCGCAGAGCACAGCAGUUUUGCGCGCCACAGCUGCCCUAAUGCAAAUAUGCGCGACCGUGUAGUAGCAAUCUGCCCUGCGUGUAAAAUUUCGGUGGAGAAAGCGUUUAAAGAGGAGGAUUCCGUGGCGCUGCAAAGGCACAGCUGCGAUCCGGCCAAGUCGAGGAAGGCCACCGUGUGCCCUGUCAAACGCUGCAAAGAAAUUCUGUCGUUUCAAAACACUUAUUCGUGUAAAUCGUGCGGGCAGAAGACUUGUAUGAAGCACCGCUUUCCUUCUGAUCACGCCUGCACUGCAGCUGGAUUACUUGUGGGAAGGAGGAAUUAUUGCAGAGCUGAUGCGCCGCCCAAGGCUGCGAAGUCGUCCCUUAUCUCCGUUCGUUGAUGUAAAAUGAUUUUUCCGCUGAAUUCUGCGGAAGCACCAUACCAGACUCUCUGUUUAUUUAUUUUUCAUUUGAAAGAUGAGAGGGGCAGGAUUCGAACCUUGACCCAAUAGCUUUUCUCAUGGUUUUACAACGAAAAGGGUCUUCCGCUGUAUUUAAAUAUUUGGUUAAACAAAAAAAUAAAUUCUUCAACGUUAAUCUUCAA